AUGUCGGGCCUGGGUCAGCCCAACAGCUCAAACACGCACGCCGGCCUCACAUUUCCUCAAGCUCACGGCGUGAGGGGACGUGGCUUCCAGGCAUCUCAUUCCGCAACGCCGCCAAAGCCGUCGCCGACUCCUCAGCAGUCUCAACACCCUCAACACCAAGCUCCCUACGGCCAGCCCCAGCAUUACACACCUCAGCAGUCGACACAGAGCACAUAUCCGGGCCCCAUCUUCUCGACGACGCCGUCCCCCGUCCCUGGUGUUCACAAUGUUCCGAACGGCAACACCAGACAUGCCCCGAACCAGGCACAUGCGGCAGCAGCUGUGGCAGCUUCCCGUCAGAGACCUACCUCCCAGCGCCAUAUGCCCCAGCAAUCCCAGACUCAAAUGGCAUAUAUGCAGCAACAGAUGAGCCAGCAGGUACAACAACAACAACAACAACAACAACAACAGCAGCAGCAGCAGCAGCAAAAGCAGCAGGUGCCGCAAUCUGUUGGACAACAGGUUCAGCCUCUUCAGCAGACACACCCAAUGUCCCAGCAAGUCCAACCAGUCCAACAACAGCAACAGCCAGUCCAGCAGAUUCAGCAGCCGCCGCAGCAGGUUCAUCCACCAAGCGACCCCAACUUGAUGAAUCAAGCACCACACACGCAAGCACGUCACCAAGCCCAUGCCCAGUCCCACCAGUCUCACCAAGCUCCAACGCAACAAAGCCAUGCACAGAGCCAUCAACAGCAGCAACACCAACAGACUCACACUCAGGCCCAUCAGGCGCCUCAACCGUUACCACAGGUCCAUCAGUCGCAGGCCCCGCUGCAGGCAUCGGCAUCCUCGAGUGCUUCUGCGCAGGCUGAUCCCACCCCUCAGUCCGAUGACCCACAUAACGGCGAGAUGGAUGUUGACAGUCAGGACGAAGGGGCAGACGGAGAUGACAGAUUAUCUCCCAAGUUGCUUGAGGGAACUCCCUAUGUGCCCCGGACACCUCAGGGCCCAAUGAUGUCACCGCCGCCAGAGGGUGGCAGUUAUGCGAGCCUCGAAGCCGUGCACAAGGAGGUUCUCUCGUAUUGUACUUCUGUAGGCUACGCCGUUGUUAUUGGAAGAUCCAAGAAGACCGUCCCUGGACUGAAAAAGGUGCUCUUCGUGUGCGAUCGAGCCGGCAAACCCCCGAGUCGUGUGGUUCCAGAGCAACGCAAACGAAAGACGACGUCGCGCAAAUGCAACUGCCCAUUUGGAUUCUUCGCCAUCGAGCAGAGAACCCAGUGGACUAUACGCUACCGGCCCGAUACGAGUCACCUGAACCACAAUCAUGGGCCGAGCAUCGGAGUUACUCAAACCCUGGAGAUUCUUCAGCAAGAGAAUCCCCAUGUGCCUCUUCUUCCUAGAGAUAUCUAUAACGCUCGCGCGGCCAUCAAUCGCAAUCCGGGCAAGGUGGAUGCUGGCAUUGCAGAUGCGCGGCCGGCAAUCUACAGCAAGCCGGCACCUACAGCGGAGGAACGCAUCAGAGCUGAUUUGCGCAGAGAGUUGGCAAUUGCCAAAGCCGAGCUGAAGAAGGUCAGGGAAGAAAGCCGCAAAGAACUCGAGAAGAUGAAGGAGCAGUUGCGUGAGAAGCAGGAGAUGAUUGAAAAGUUUGAGAUGUUCAUUGAUAUCUGCAACCAGCGGGUCAUGGUUCAGAGACACAAAUUGGACUCGGGCGAUGGUGCGGCAGAAGGCGGUGCCUCUGCUAGUUAG